AUGCUGGUUACAGUCAUCGUCAUAUUGUGCGAGGCCAGUGUUGCAGUGCUCGACUUUGGCCACGCAGAGGACAUAGACCAGGCUGUGCCAGCUGUACCAGCGGUGCCAUGUGUUCCGACGCCAGUCCAGUGGACUCCUGGUAUAUCUGGCAUUGCGGUAGGGGUCAAGGACGAGAGAGUUGGGGCGGGUGUGGUUAAUGGAUAUGCAGGUCCCGUGUGA